AAUUUCACGCCAUCGAUGUCACGUUCUGUCCAGUCGUUUCAUUCAGUUUCGUUUGUUUCUAUAUUGGUAUAGUGAUUCUAAGCAUCAGACAGAUGGGAAAUUUUAUUUUCUCAACAGUUUAGAAACUUGUCGUUGUCAGGUGUCUCCUUGAGGAAGAUGCAGAAGUGACAGCCGUGAUCGUGGACCUGAGAUACAAAUGAAAAUAGAGCGCGUUGAAAAAAAGCAUCAAGCGGCGACUUUGAUUGUUCAGAUUCUUUUUUUUAUAAACGCAAAACAUCGAGCAAGUGCAGAUUCAGCGAAACUUGAGAAGUGACACACAUGUUUAUCCAUAUUGAUAAAAAAAAUAUGAAUAUCUAAAAUUUACUCACAAGAGAAUUCUGUAGAGAUGUGAGUUUGUUUUUUUUUUUUUUUGAUUUUGAAAUUGAUCCUCCUCAUCGAGCAAUUGUCAUAAUAAUCAUAUCCUGUAUUAUUAUGAUGCGCCAAAGACGGCAGCAGGGCCUGCAGAAUGGCAUAUUCUUGCUGUGUAUGCAGGCUCUGAACUUUGGACUUGAUAAAAUACCACCUGCUACUCUAAUUGGAAUCAUCGCACAGACUUUACUGUAUAUGGGUCUGAUACGGGUGCCAUGGAACGCGGAAGAUGUAUGCAUAUCAGCUAUCAAAAUAAUCAAGUACAAAAACUGGCGGUCGUUUUUCCUUUCAAAUUUCGAACAUGGAUCCGACAUGCAUCUGUACUACAACAUGCUUUCUUUUAUUCUGAAAGGUUCUUACUUGGAGCCCAUCUACGGAACGAUGAAUUUUGUACUUUUACUGGGUGUAUUGUCUAUCGGAUGUAGCGCUAUGUAUGUAUUCCUAGGAUAUAUUCUGAUGCAGUUAACAGGAGAUUACGGAUAUUUCACGGCUUGCGCUAUCGGUUUUUCUGCCACAUUAUUUGCAUUAAAAGUUAUUGCGCUGUGCGAAGAACGCGACAAAUUGCACAAUAUCAACGGAUUAAUAGUACCAAGUAAACUAGCGGUGUGGCUCGAGUUAAUAUUGAUACACUUGUUGGUCCCAAAUUCUUCCUUCAUCGGUCAUCUGGGUGGUAUUUUGGUUGGAUGCUUAUAUUCUUAUUCUUUUGUUGGAGAAAGGAUCGACAACUUGAUACAUAUGAUAACUGGUACACCUAUUAUACACGAAGAACAAUUUUAUAGAAGGCGAAACAGGCUAUUUACGUAAUAUUUUGUAAUUUUCACCAAUUCAACAUAUUUG